UGGAAAACAACAACAACCUGUUAGAGGAGUUAACGCUGAAGAAUAGGCGGCAGCAUGUUUUCUACCGUGAAGGAAAGGGUUGGGGAGGUGCUGUUACCGGGGGACGAGUUUUCCUUCGAGGCCGAAGAGAACAUUUCUCUGACGGUGCCGGUGAAGUCGGAGAAGGUGGUGUGCGGUCCGGGCCUGCGGCGCUGCGGUGACCGGCUAGUGGUGUGUAAGAGCGGCGUGCUGCGACACAAGGAGCCCAACGUGUUCUGGAUCGAUUCCCAACAGAGAAGGUAUGUCCCAGCUAAAGGAGAGAGCAUCAUCGGGAUCGUCACCGCCAAAUCUGGAGAUGUCUUCAAGGUGGACUUCGGAGGGAGUGAGCAGGCGUCUCUGUCCUACCUGGCAUUCGAAGGGGCGACCAAGAGGAACAGACCCAACGUCCAGAUGGGCGACCUGGUGUUUGCUCAGUUCCUCAUAGCCAAUAAGGACAUGGAACCAGAGCUGGUGUGUAUUGACAGCUCAGGACGAGCUAAUGGGAUGGGAGUGUUUGGAACAGGAGGUCUGCUAUUCAGAGUCUCUCUUGGUCUCGUCAGAAGGUAA